UGAAUUGAAGGUGUUAUGGGAAGUUGGAAUUAAUACUUAUGAUGCCAAAUCAAAUGAAACUUUUACCUUAAGGGCAGCAUUAUUAUGGACAAUUAGUGACUUUCCUGGUUAUGCAAUGUUAUCAGGAUGGAGUACUAAAGAUUUGCAAAGUGAAAAAUGCGAUUUCAAAAGCUAUGGCAUUGGCUAUGGCAUUCAAGAAGAAACAACAGAGAUUUCAAGGUCUCUCAUCUACACGUGGUCGUGCAACUCAACAACUUUUAAUCGAACACCAAAGAACAAAACCAAGUGAAACACCAGAAGAGGAAACGAGAAAUUCUAAUGAACAAGGGGAGCUUAGCAGGAAUAAGACUCAUAAGCAAGAUGAUGAUGAUGGAAAGGCAAGAAGAGAACCUACUAUGUGUUACAAAGUCCAUGGACGAAAUGAAGAAGAGCGCUUGCAAAUUAUUUUGAAUGAAAACUUUCAGCCUAUUGGCCCCGACAAUGAAACAGUUAAUGAGUUUACUAGCUUCUUGGGAACAAUUGCUCGAAAAGCAAAUAUAUUACCAUUAACUAUUGAAAGUUGGCUCAAAAUUGGCAAAGAUAAGAAAGAGGAACUUUGGGAGUAUGUCACGAAACAUUAUGUUAUCCCUAUCGAGGGAAAGAAAUAG